AUGACCGAAGACGAAGAAGAUUGGGAGGACUACGUCAAAGGAGGCUACCAUCCUGUUCACAUUGGCGACUCAUUUUCAGACGGCAGGUACAUCGUCGUCAGAAAACUUGGCUGGGGCCAUUUCUCAACAGUAUGGCUCGCCAAAGACACAAAAAUGAAUCGUCAUGUCGCACUCAAAAUCGUAAAGUCCGCACCCAGGUACACCGAGACUGCUCUUGAUGAGAUCAAGCUGCUCCAACGUCUGAUCACCUCUAACACUCACCCCGUCGCUCCGUCAUCUGAUAACCCAAAUCCUCCCCGAUCCCAUGCACACACACAUCCCGGUCGAUCACAUGUCAUGUCGUUUUUGGAUCAUUUCCGACAUAAAGGUCCUAACGGAACUCACGUAUGCAUGGUUUCUGAAGUCCUAGGUGAAAAUCUUCUCGGUCUCAUCAAGCGCCAUCAAAACAAGGGUGUGCCCAUGCAUCUGGUCAAACAGAUCGCAAAACAGGUGCUCUUAGGUUUGGAUUACAUGCACCGUUGUUGCGGCAUAAUUCACACUGACCUGAAGCCUGAAAAUGUCCUUAUUAGUAUCGAUGAUGUCGAGUCUGUAAUCCAAACUGAGCUUGCCGCAUCAGCCAAUGCCACCUCACCACCCACGCGGCUCGUCGGAGUGCCGCCCUCAAAAGGUCGUGGGGGCAACCAGACACCUCGUUCCGAAUCCGUCUUCAUCACCGGAUCUCAGCCGCUACCAUCCCCUUCUUCAUCGUUCGGCAGCAGUCCGAUGUUUGACAAGCUCGCAUUCGGUAUGAGCAAGAUCGAUGGAGAGGCGACCUCCAAACCCGGAUCUUACGGAUCUAGUUCGAUAGCAAAGGAUGGAUCUUCUACAUCACUCGCAACAACAGGGUUGGGCCUCAUGGACGCAUCUUCCAAGCGCGCAGACUCGACAGAGGUGACUGCUAAGCGCAUCUCGAAUGUCUCUCUACACCCAUCCACAUCCGAGUUCAAUAAGAUGACGACACCUCAGCCUUCCCAUCCUCCAGGGCCUUCGCUAUUGACGCAGAUGGCCCCCUCCCAGCCCCCAGUCAUAACCUCAUCUCAGCCACACGCCCCCUCAACUUCCAAACCACCCGUGGAAUCCAAUGCUAUCGACCCAAAGCUUUCCAGCUCUGUCAUGUCUAUGGAUUCGGUACUGGCAGAGACAUCUACAACGUCUAGCUUGAUAGAGAGUACCACGAAGAUCACGGUCAAAAUUGCGGAUCUUGGGAACGCUACCUGGGUCGAGCAUCACUUUACAGAUGAUAUCCAGACGCGGCAAUACCGUUGUCCGGAGGUCAUUCUCGGCGCAAAGUGGGGGACUAGUGCGGACGUGUGGAGUGUUGCAUGCGUGAUAUUCGAGCUUAUUACGGGAGGAGACUAUCUCUUCGAUCCCGCGCCAGGCCCACGGUACAGCAAAGAUGAUGACCAUAUUGCUCAGAUCAUAGAGCUCCUGAAAGAGAUCCCGAGAGCAGUUGCGUUUUCUGGCAAGUAUAGUUCGGAGUUCUUCAAUCGGAAAGGAGAAUUACGGCAUAUCAAUAAGCUCAGGUUUUGGCCUCUUGAAGCAGUAUUGCAUGAUAAAUACCUCUUCCCGAAGGAUGAAGCUGAUGCUAUUUCUGCCUUCCUUACUCCGAUGCUCCAAUUGCACCCCGAGCGUCGCGCGAAAGCCUUUGAGCUUGUACAUCACACAUGGCUCGACAGCAUAACCGUGCAAGGCGAGAUCGAUGUCAUCCGCCGAGCCGAAGAAGAAGACGCUGCAAGACGCAAGUCUUCGCAACAAACCGCGACACUUGAUGCUGAUGAGGAAGAUGCCAUGAAGCCUGUCGGAGAGGCGGGUAAUGGAAGCGAUGAUGGUACACAACAACAAACUCCGGCCCAAGUUCCGCAUCAAGCGCCCAUAUUAUCUGCCCCUCCUAUUCCAUCAUCCUCCACCGCCAAGGAGAACACCCCGUCUUCGAAGUCGUCACAUAUCCGGUAA